CUUCCAAUGCCUCUUCCUCAUUAAGAGUAGAGUUGUUUUCACGUGUGGUUGUGUCUCCUUUUUCUUAUAAAAAUAGGUCACACAACCCACCAUUCAUUCGUGAAUUAACUCUUCAAAAAAAGUAAAUUAUAAAAAAAAAAUAAAAAAAACUAUAAAAUCCAAAAAAAAUUAAAAAAUAACAUAAAAAAUUUCAAAACCAAAAAAAUCGUAAAAUCUGUAGAACGUAAAAGUAUCCGCGAUUUACUAAAGUCGGUGGACAAAAAAAUCAUAGUAACGAUAAAAAAAGGCCUUGUAAUAGUGUGGUGUAGUACGACGACGAUUAAAAGUGAUUUUCUACGACAUUGAAUAAUAUUCUUUGACAAAAGGGUAGAAAGAUUACGAAGCUUCCAGCAACAUCAUUAAGGCGUGAGUCCAAGCCAUAUUGAAGCACAAGGAAAGCUCAACGUUUGAAGAGGCCAUUUUUUGUUCAUAAAAUAAAAAUAUAUAUUUUUAUUUUAUUCAGCUGUUGAUUAAUAAAAGCCAGUUGUUUGGGAAUUUAUCGCCAAUAUGAAUCCUGGAGCACCGAAUUAUCCGAUGGCCUCGCUUUAUGUGGGUGAUCUUCAAUCGGACAUUACUGAAGCAAUGCUGUUUGAAAAAUUUUCAUCAGCAGGACCUGUUCUAUCUAUUCGCGUUUGUCGCGAUGUAAUCACCCGUAGAUCUCUUGGUUACGCUUACGUGAAUUUUCAACAACCAGCCGACGCUGAACGUGCUUUGGAUACAAUGAAUUUUGACAUGUUAAAGGGACGUCCAAUUCGAAUAAUGUGGUCUCAACGUGAUCCUUCACUGCGUAAAAGUGGUGUUGGAAAUGUUUUUAUUAAAAAUCUUGAUCGAAGUAUUGACAAUAAAGCCAUGUAUGACACGUUCUCUGCGUUUGGAAAUAUUCUUAGUUGUAAAGUAGCUCAAGAUGAGACUGGAGAAUCUAAAGGAUAUGGAUUUGUGCACUUUGAGACCGAGGAGGCUGCUAAUAAAUCCAUUGAUAAGGUCAAUGGUAUGCUGUUGAACGGCAAAAAAGUUUACGUUGGUAAAUUUAUUCCACGUAAAGAACGCGAAAAGGAACUCGGUGAGAAAGCUAAGCUUUUCACUAACGUUUAUGUUAAAAAUUUUGGUGAAGAUAUGACCGAUGAAAAACUUAAAGAAAUGUUUGAAAAAUAUGGAACAAUAACAAGCCACAAAGUAAUGUCAAAAGAUGACGGUAAAUCUCGUGGCUUUGGAUUUGUAGCAUUUGAAGAUCCUGACGCAGCAGAGCUAGCCGUCAUGGAUUUAAAUGGUAAAGAAAUAGCCGAAGGAAAGUUUAUGUACGUAGGACGUGCUCAAAAGAAAGCAGAAAGACAGCAAGAAUUGAAACGCAAAUUCGAGCAAUUGAAAAUUGAACGUUUGAAUCGUUACCAAGGAGUUAAUUUAUACGUGAAAAAUUUGGAUGAUACUAUUGAUGACGAGCGUUUGCGAAAAGAAUUUACACCUUUUGGAACAAUUACUUCAGCAAAAGUUAUGUUGGAGGAUGGUCGUAGCAAAGGCUUUGGAUUCGUAUGCUACUCAUUACCAGAAGAAGCUACGAAAGCUGUGACAGACAUGAAUGGACGUAUUGUAGGUACAAAGCCACUUUACGUUGCUCUGGCUCAGCGCAAAGAUGAACGCAAGGCACAUCUGGCUUCUCAAUAUAUUCAAAGAAUGUCGAAUUUGCGAAUGCAGCAAAUGGGCCCGUUGUACCAAGCUGGAGGAGCUGGUAACUUCUUUGUGCCAACAUUACCACAACCGCAACGAUUUUACGGUCCAGCGCAAAUGGCACAAGUACGUACCACACCUCGAUGGGCUGCUCAACCCAAUCCGGUACGGCCUAAUGCGCAAACAGGAACCACCGGAUUUGCUACAAUGCAAGGACCAUUCAGAGCCGCACCAAGGACACCAACUGCAGCUCAAGCUGGAACAAUGCGCAACGCUAUGUCUGCUAGACCUAUCACUGGACAACAGCAGCAAGUCGGAGGUGCAAACAUUCCCGGUCGUGCUAUUGGUGGUGCAGCUGUUGGUGUUACUCCUACACAAAAUAGACCACCGAAUUAUAAAUACAAUCUUAAUGUCCGCAAUCCACCACAGGCGAUGCCUAUUACUCAACCUGCUCCAGUACAGCAAGCGGUGCAUAUUCAAGGUCAAGAACCUCUCACUGCUUCAAUGCUCGCUGCUGCUGAUCCUCAAGAACAAAAACAAAUGCUUGGAGAACGACUUUUCCCAGUCAUUCAUACUAUAUAUCCAAAACAUGCUGGAAAAAUCACUGGAAUGUUGUUGGAGAUUGAUAAUUCGGAGUUGGUGCACAUGCUUGAAGAUAAGGAAUCACUUAAAGCUAAAGUGGAGGAGGCUCUCGCCGUACUACAAGCACAUCAGGCUACACAAGCUGUCGCUGUCACUGGCAAGAAGGAAUAAAAACAUUCAACAAUUCUCUCUCCUUCUCUCUCUUUUUUUUCCUCUCAAUUGAUUAAGAAAUUUUUUUA